GAAACGAGUCCUCCACCAGUAUAUAUAGACAUGUGGGUCUUUGUGUUUUUCAUCCAUUAGUGUGAAAGUUGUCUCUGAACUGGUCUUUUUAUCCUUUCAUGGAUUUUGUAGUAAAGUUGAUGUUUACCCUUACUCUAGCUCUUAUUGCAUCAUUAUCCAUGGAACUUGUAGUGGGAGCUAGAAGUGACUGGCAAUGGUCUAAUAAACAUAAUAAGCUGAACUUGUUGGAAUCCGGGGAUCUUGUGAUUAACUUGCCAGGCCAGCCUAAGGUAGACUUCCAGCAUCAUGCUGGGUACGUGACGGUGGAUGAAAAAAAUGGAAGGGCACUCUUCUACUGGUUCUACGAGGCGUCGACUCUUCCUGAUGAGAAGCCUUUGGUGCUGUGGCUUAAUGGAGGACCUGGGUGCUCUUCUGUGGGAUAUGGAGCAACACAAGAGAUUGGACCAUUUAUUGUGGACACAGAUGGACAUCCCCUUAAACUUAAUCCUUAUGCAUGGAACACAGAAGCCAACAUGUUAUUCCUGGAAUCCCCAGUUGGAGUUGGCUUUUCAUACUCUAAUACAACUACCGACUAUGAUAAUCUCGGAGAUGACUUUACAGCAAAUGAUGCUUACACAUUUCUACACAAAUGGUUCCUCAAGUUCCCAUCCUAUAGAUCCCGGAUAUUUUAUGUAGCAGGGGAGAGUUAUGCUGGCAAAUAUGUACCCGAGUUGGCCGAGCUCAUUCUUGACAAGAACAAAGAGCCAACACUAUUAAUCAAUCUGAAGGGCAUAUUGCUGGGUAAUCCUGAAACAUGUGAUGCCGAGGACUGGAAAGGUCUGGUUGAUUAUGCUUGGAGCCAUGCUGUGGUAUCGGAUGAAACUCAUGAAACUAUCAGAAUGUUCUGUGAUUUCAACAGCAAUAACACAUGGAGCAACAACGACUGUAGUCAAGCAGUUGAUGAAGUACUCAGACAGUACAAGGAGAUAGACAUCUACAGCCUCUAUACCUCGGUGUGCAUCGGCAAUUCGACAAGUUCAGGAGGUUCAGAACAGACAUCAUUGCAAGUAAUGUUCAGGAGCACAUCUAAGAUGAUGCCAAGGAUCAUGGGUGGUUAUGACCCAUGCCUCGACGAGUAUGCGACAACUUAUUACAACAGACCUGAUGUGCAGAAGGCCCUCCAUGUUAGCAAUGGUGACCACCUCAAGAACUGGAGCAUCUGCAAUAUGAAAAUAUUUGAUGACUGGUCAGAUUCAAAGGAGUCUGUUCUUCCAAUAUACAAGAAACUGAUUGCUGCAGGGCUUAGAAUAUGGGUCUACAGUGGAGACACAGAUGGAAGAGUCCCUGUAUUGUCAACAAGAUACAGUUUAAGCUCUCUUGGACUGCCUAUCACUAGGGCAUGGAGGCCUUGGUACCACAAGAAGCAGGUUGGUGGUUGGCUCCAAGAAUAUGAGGGGCUUACAUUUGCGACAUUCAGAGGAGCUGGACAUGCAGUUCCCAUCUUCAAACCGAGCGAGUCGCUUGCUUUCUUCUCUUCCUUUCUUCGUGGGGAAUCUCCACCUUUCAAACGCUACUAAAAAUUGCAGAAAUUAUCAUGCAAGUGCGGAACACUACGUAAUCGUAUGUCUGACCAAAAUGUGUUGUCGAAGUAAGCUUUUGACAUAGCUGUAUGGUAAAAAAAAAAAAGUUGGAAAAUGAGAGAUUUAGGAAUAUGAAUGUUUUGGUUCUGCAUGUCAUGAAUACAUAUAUAGAUCAAUUUUCUCCCUGUUUUC